AUGAGUCCCUUGACUACAUCAGAGCUUACUGCUUAGCCUCUAUGAAAAAAGUGAAGUACAAAGUUUUUCUCUGUGUUGAGGACAGGACAACGGUUCAAUUUGCCUAUUGUGAAUGUCCAAUUGGUCUAGCCCAAACAUGCAGCCAUAUUGGUGGACUGCUAUUUUAUUUACACCACUGGCAUCUGACCGAGGUACUUAAGUCAGACAGCGCAACCUCUAGACCAUGCCAGUGGAAUGUCCCCCGUCCACUUAAGAUGGACCCCAUGCCCUUGAGGGAGUGGAAUCUUGGGCGACCAAAACUGACGACAGAGGGGGAACUGGAGUACCGUGAGAGAAAACAAUUAGACUUUGAUCCUCGGCAUCCUGAAGAGCGAGAAUUUAACUCCAAACAUUCCAUGGAACAAUUGAUGAUGUUAAAAAAAAUAUUUCCCAAAACUGGCAUGAGUCACUUAUGGACCAUUCCAGAAGAGACACCUAAUCCAUCAGGGGAAAUUGAAGUCAGAACAACAGAGGAUCCAAUGGAAACAGCAAUGAAAAGUCUUGUAUUGUCCGAGGAGAACUUACCCAUUCCAGUUUCUAUUGAUGAAAGCCUGAGUGCUUUCAUCAAGCAUAGAACAAGAGGCCAAAGAGCGUGCGAGAUGUGGAAGGAGCUGCAUAGAGGACGAAUAACUAGUUCCAUAUUUGGUUCUGUUCUAAAAUCAGGACAAACUCCCCACAGCCUAGUCAAUCAGAUAAUGAAUGGAUCGAGUUUAGAUAGGUACCAGACACUACCUUUGCCAGUCAAGUGGGGGAUAGAGAAUGAGAAAAAUGCCCUGAAAGACUACUUGGCCCUCCAGAAUGCUAUUACUGAUCUCAGAGUGGAGGAGUCUGGACUCACCAUAUACCCAUCACAUGCAUUUCUGGGAGCAACCAGUGAUGGAUGGGUAUAUGAUGAGUCUAUGCCAGAGGGAAAUGAAAGAGGGGUCUUGGAAAUAAAAUGCCCAUUCUCCAUCAGUAAUGAAGUUAUUACUGACAGAGAGGUGCAUGAACUGGUUGGUAGAGGAGGUUUUUUCUUGGAAGACACUGAUGAGGGACCCAGACUGAAAAGAGAGCAUAAAUAUUAUGCCCAGAUUCAAGGGGAAAUGGCCAUUAUGGGAUGUGCAUGGGGUGACUUUGUUGUGUGGACAGCAGCCAGGCAAAGCAACUGCUUUAUAGAGAGAAUUUAUUUUGAUUCAGAUUUCUGUUCUUUGAUGAUGCCUAAACUUGUAGAGUUUUUUGUUUCACAUGUUUCAUCUUCAUACCUUAAAAUGUAAACGUUCUUCAAUUAAGAAAUUAGGUAA